AUGGAUAAGCACCCCGGCUGGGGAAACCCCACGGGGAUUGGUAGGCCAGUCCAGAUGGACGGGAUGCAGCAAUGGUCAGGCCACGAGACAGCCGUGGGUCUGCCUAACCCAACUUCGGUUGCUUACAAGAGAUAUGAUUUGAGUUGA